CUUUCUGGAGGAGGAGCUCAGAGCGUACGGGAGGGGGCGGACCCUUGCCCCUCCGGCGCUUGGGCCAGAGUGGUGCGGGCGGCGCGUGGCGGCGAUCCCCACGUGGUGGCUUUCUCACGCUAGCCGUCUUUGGUCCUCCUUGACGUCCCGGGCCUGUGGGCCCGCUUUCUGCCGAGAUGCCGAAGGUCAAGUCGGGGGCCAUCGGCCGCCGCCGCGGGCGGCAGGAGCAGCGCCGGGAGCUGAAGAGCGCUGGAGGACUCAUGUUCAACACGGGGAUUGGGCAGCACAUUUUGAAAAAUCCUCUCAUUAUUAACAGCAUUAUCGAUAAGGCUGCCUUAAGACCAACUGAUGUAGUGCUGGAAGUUGGAUCUGGAACUGGCAACAUGACUGUAAAGUUGUUAGAAAAGGCAAAAAAGGUGGUUGCUUGUGAACUUGACCCAAGGCUAGUAGCUGAACUUCACAAAAGAGUUCAGGGCACGCCUGUGGCCAGCAAACUUCAAGUACUGGUGGGUGAUGUGUUGAAAACAGAUUUGCCAUUCUUUGAUACUUGUGUGGCAAAUUUGCCGUAUCAGAUCUCUUCGCCUUUUGUCUUCAAGCUGUUGCUACAUCGACCUUUUUUCAGGUGUGCUAUACUUAUGUUUCAAAGAGAAUUUGCCCUCCGACUGGUUGCAAAACCUGGAGAUAAGUUAUACUGCAGACUCUCAAUUAAUACACAGCUGUUGGCACGUGUGGACCAUCUAAUGAAAGUGGGAAAGAAUAACUUCAGACCACCGCCCAAGGUGGAAUCCAGUGUUGUAAGGAUAGAACCUAAGAAUCCACCACCACCCAUCAAUUUUCAGGAAUGGGAUGGUCUAGUAAGGAUAACCUUUGUUAGGAAAAACAAGACACUCUCUGCUGCAUUUAAAUCAAGUGCAGUGCAACAACUCUUGGAAAAAAACUACAGAAUUCACUGUUCAGUCCAUAAUAUUAUAAUACCAGAAGAUUUCAGCAUAGCAGAUAAAAUACAGCAAAUCCUGACCAGCACAGGUUUUAGUGACAAACGGGCCCGUUCCAUGGACAUAGAUGACUUCAUCAGAUUGCUACAUGGAUUCAAUGCAGAAGGUAUUCAUUUUUCCUAGGUAUUUGGAAAACAGAAAUUUUCAAGGUCAAGAAAAGAAAUGAAUUUUGUAUUUUUUGUAUUUGAGAAGAUAAUGCUUUUCCUUUACUGAGACAUUAUUUACUUGACUAUUUUUGGUUCAAUACUACUACUGUUGUCACCAUUUAUGAUUCUGAAUUUUAAAGUUGGAAAGUUCUAAGUAUCAAAGUUUUUAAUAUAUAAUGCUGGUCCAAUCUAUUCAUAAUAAUCUUCAAGUUCAGGAGCCGCAGAGACGCACAACUUUACACUUAUCAUUUCUAACAGUUUAUUGUAUAAAGAUGUUACUCUUCUAUUUACUGUUAUAUACUGUAAGGCCUUCUUUACGCCUUUAGCUCUGUUCCUCCAGUAAUAAAAAAGUUAAAAUAUGCUUCACUAGUCACACAUUCCCCAUACCAUUUCGUGUUAUUCACAUUCCCCGUACCAUUUCUUGUUAUUCACAUGUACAGUAAAACAAUUGUUUCUUAAAUUA